AUGUUCGAGGCUCUGCUGCUGGCGGCGCGCCGGACGCCGCGGCGGCCGCGACGCGCGACGCCCGCGGGCGCCGACGCCGGCGUCGACAGCGGCGUCUCCACCGCCUCCCUCGCGGACAGCGCGGACGCCGACGCCAAGAGCGACGUGGUCGCGGACGCCGCUGCGGAGAGGAAAGGGAGUCGCGCGCGGGAGGGGGAGGGGGAGGAGGAAGAGGAGAAGAAGGACGAGUUGCCGCCCACCCCCGCGGGCUCCCCGCCCGCGCGCCUGCGCCGCAUGCUGCUCUACUUCCGGCAGCCCGGCCGCUCGUCGCUCCCGCGCGAUGCCUCGUCCGCCGCUUGGCAAGGAAACUUGGGUUUACAGAAACAUAAUGGCAAAAGCAUUCAAAUUGUCUUGACGUUCAAAAGAUGCAUGGGUGAUGCGGACAUUGCAAGUGAAUUUUUGUACAAAAAAAACCAAGGAAAAUGUCCAGCCAUUGUACUUCCCAAUGAAAAAUGGAAAGAUUGA